AGGUAUAUUAGGAAUUUGGGGUCAAACAAAUUCCUUCACAAUAGUUUUUAUCAACAAACGAUUUAUCAAUAACAUAUGAAACUCCAAAAAAAAGUCCUAAAAAAAUCUCCGUGCAAUCUCCGAGAUAUCACUGUUUAAAGUGAAGUCAAUUCUAAGAAUUAGCGAUGGUACCGUUACUACACCAUACAACCGUAUUUUACCGGAACCGGUGUAGAUGUAAACAAUGUGCUCUGAGCAGCGUUCAUUAUUUAGAUCACUUUCUUGGCUAUUUCCAGCUAUAAGCAGCAUUUUCUAGGGGGAGAUGUUUGUUUAUCAAAAUCACGUCUGCUAUUAUGAGCUUGCUGGUUUUUCAGCUUCAUAUAGAUAAAAUAAAGAAUCAUGUCUGCUGUUAUCGUCAAUUAUUUACCUGUGUGUGAUGUCAUGAGACAACUGUGCUUUCCCUGCAUAUGAGGAAACAACUGUAUAUAACAAAAAAUGAGCCUGGAAGUAACCAGUAUAGACAUAACUAAAAAGGUGUGUGUCAUCUGUGGAGAGCAUGAUGACCGUCAAGUUUCAAAACUUGGAGAAAAGGGAUGUCAAGAACUUUCAUUAGCUGCAAAAAACUAUAAAGACCAGAUUAUCGUGUUUGUUCCGGGACAAUAUGUGCAUAUCGACUGCCGUAAGACAUAUUGCCACCCAAACCAAACCAGUAGUAGAGGGAAAUCAACAUCAAACUUAAUGUCAAGUCCCAAAACCAGGCAAUCAACAAAUGGAAAUUCGUUUGACUUUGGAACAAAAUGCUUAUUUUGUGGUUUUGAUGAUAAAUUUAGAAAUGGAAAAAGAGGCAUUGACGUCCAUCCUGUUAUGACUCUAGAAUUUUAGUUGACUAUUAGGAAGUCAUGUAAAUCUAGGUGUGAUGAAUGGGGUGCUACUGUUCUUGGGCGACUUGAGUCCACAAAUGACCUUCCUGCUGUAGAAGCAUGUUACCACCAAGCUUGUUCUGCUAAUUUCAGAUCAGGUUAUAAUGUACCAAAAUUGUAUAUGAAUGAGAAUGUCACGCCUAAAAAGGAUCGGCCAAUUAAUACUUCUUCUGAUCAAGCAUUUCUUUAGUUAAUGAAUUAUUUUAAAGAGCAUGAAUCUGAUCAAAUGACAGUGAAUGACCUUUGUGAGAAAAUGAACAAAUUGUGUGGUGAAUCUUCUUAUAGUAACGUAUAUAUGAAGAAGAAAGUUCUAGAACAUUUUGAUAAUAAUGUUGUUAUAACUGAACUUAAUGGAAAACAAAAUGUUGUUACAUUUAAAACUACUGCCCAUUCUAUAUUGCAUUUAUUUUACAAAAGAAGUAAUGCAAAUGAUAAGGAAUGUGAAAAGAGAGCUUUUAUUAAAACUGCAGGUAAACUUAUUUUGAAUGAAAUAAAAAACAUGACAAAGCUAACAAAAGAACAGUAUCCAUCUUCAGCAGAUAUAAUGUCUAUUGAUUCAAAUUAUGAAUAUUUACCAGAAGGUCUUCUGUGCUUUUUGCAGCAGCUCAUUGACAGUACAAAUAAAAAUAGAAAAAUUUCAUCUAUAGGUCAAGCUAUAAUUCGGGCAGCAAUACCAAGAAAAGUCAUCGCACCACUACAAAUUGGGUUGGGUGUUCAAAUGCACCAUCACUUCGGUUCCAAGUUUCUGAUAGAAACCCUCAACAGCCUAGGAUUUUGCUCUUCCUACCAUGAAGUCCAACGUUUUGAACAAAGUGCAGCUGUUUCACAAGGAAUACAAAUAGAAAGUUUAAACGAACAGUUUGUUCAAUUUAUUGGCGAUAAUGUAGACCACAACACUGGUACUAUUGAUGGACUAAACACUUUCCAUGGCAUGGGAAUCAUUGCUGCAAUUACACCUAGUAAGGAACAAAGGCAUACCAUUCCACGCAUACAUACGACAGGUGAAGAUAUUAUUGCUGUUGGAAAAAUUGAUAUUAAAUUUUACAAACAAUCAACAAACAAAAUGGAAUCGAUGUUUUUUCAAAAGUUGUCAAGUAUUGACGAUGUUGAAGAUCAGCUUGAAGAAUUGAACUUUUUGAUUAAACUUGCUCGACCUUUAAAACCUGAACUUCCAGGUUGGUCAGGAACGAUGCAGUUAGUACAAACAGGAAACUUUCCUGGAAAAUCAAGCGUAGUAUUCAUGCCAAUGUUAAACCUAAAUCCUAAUGACAUGUCUUGUAUCUUCUCAACCCUGUACUUCAUAGCAUGCCAGUCAAGAAAGAUGAACACAACACCAGUGUUAACCUUUGACCAACCACUAUACUGGAAGGCAGGGAUCAUAUUUUUUUCGGUUUUGUCGGUCCUAGACCGAUUGGGGUCAUGAAAGACCGAAUAAAAAUCCCAAACAGUCGGUCCGAUUCUGUUUGCUAUUAAAAUUCCCAUGUCAUGAAAUCGAUUACACAGUGUACAUGCUAACACACCCUAAUGACAUUCUUAUCUUGAUUAGGUGUGAUAACCAUUCGCUGCAGUCUCUAAACCGGUCAGGACCGGUUUAUUGCGCGUCAGACCAAGAAUAAAAAACUUGUUAACAGCGGAUUAAAGACGCAUCCGAAAAGACGCGUCUGAAUGCACGCGCUGUAACUAAACAAAACAUGCCGAUACAUUUUCCACCAGCGUAAUAAUCCGGUAAUAUAAUAUGAAUGAAAGUCGCGGAUCUGAUCGACGGAACAGCCGAAAGUUAUUUUUAUGGGCGGAACUUCACAUAAAAUAGUACACAAGAAAAAUAAUAUACAUUGAAUAAAUCUUUAGUAAAACCGUGUUAGAAUCGAAAUAAUUUGUGUACUUUAUACUUUGUUGUUGAAUAACUCACGACGGAAAAUUAGAUGCGUGGUUUCAAAUGCUUCGCUCUCGUGAUUAAAUCCCUACGCAUCUAAACUAUCGGCCGUGGGUUAUUUGACAACAAAUUAUUUAUUACAUAUUUGGUUGUUGUUGUCAGAAGCCAACCUACGCACAGACAUUUGUUUGGUUCAGUCCAUGUUUGUAAGCUAUUAUCAAGUCGACAACAAUUAAAAACAUCGGUAUAGACUUACACAGAUUAAUAAUAUUGACAACGAUGAAAAAAGUCUGAUAAAACAGCACACGAAACAACAAUGAAAUACCAAAUGAUAAAACCAGUUGAGAAAACUCGUUCCUUUUAAAAAAUGCCUAAGGAAAAUUUACUUGCACAUGUAUUAUACCACCUUCAUGAAUGACAAAAUUAAUGGUAUAUAUUUUAACGUAAUUUUUCAUGUAUCGGAUAUGCAUUUUCGGAUACUUUUCCCCAUUUAUAUCCGGACCGAUUGAUGUUGCCGGAAAAUAUGAUCCCUGCUGGAAGGCAUUACAUAUUGUCAUCAACGAACCUGAAGGAAGUGAUGUAAAGGAUGUCAUUGCAAGACUUGGUGGAUUUAACACAGAAAUGAGUUUCCUAGGCUGUAUCGGUAAGUAAAUGGAAAAUACUGGACUGACAGAACUUCUCUCAACUGUGUAUGCUCCAAAUGCAGUAGGUCACAUGUUAAAUGGUAAAGCGAUUAGCAGAGCGAUCAGAGGACAUAUACUUGUAAAUGAUUCCUUAGAAAAUUGAUAGUUGAGCAAUCAUUUGCUGAUACACAACCUAAUAUUGAUGCAAACAAUAACAUUUUUGUUGAAGACUUAAUAGAUAAAAUUCUCACGAAAGAAACCACACCAGAGACACUGCAUGAAAACCUGAUGCUAGCCAACAUGAUGGAUCAAUAUGACAAAACCAAAAUAGAGGUAGCCAAAUCCAGAACUGCAAAAUUAUGGCUACAAUAGAUGGAAAUGGUUCACAUCCUUCAACAAUUCAUCGCAGCUGAGCGCUUAGGAAAUUGGAAAGGACACCUGAAUGCUUUGCUUCGGAUGCUUCCAUACUUUGCCUCCGCUGGACACAACCUCUAUCUCAAAUCCGGUUACAUAUAUCUACAACAAAUGUUAAAAUUGGAAGAAACAAACCCAGACAUUUACCAUCACUUUUGUAAAGGCAAUCAUGUUAUACGAAGAAGCGAGCGUUAUUUGGGCGGGUCUUUCAACAGACCUAGUAAUAGAACAAGUUCUUAUGAGAAGUGUUAAGUCAGUAGGGGGGAUGACACGUGGCAAAGGAAUGUCUGAGGUACAACGAGCACAAUGGCUGCUCUCUAUGCCUGCCUGUUCAGCAAUGAACAGUGCAAUGCAGGACUUUUCCGGUCAAAACUAUGAAACAAGUCCCCAACACAAAGAGUGCUAUAAAUCUAGAAUUCAGCAUGACAAUAAGGACAGGGCCACCUUCAAGGAUUUUCUACAAGAGCAUAAUCCCUUCCUUGAUGAACAAUGCUUAAGAAACAUUGAAACUGGUGCCCUUGCUUAGAAUAAUGUAAAUGUGGAUGAUGCUAAAAGUAUAGGACAGAAUAUGAUUAAAGAAAUGGAAGAAAAAAAUGUAUUGACAUAUUGCUUUAAGCGCACUAAUCAGGUCGUGACUCUUGGUUCUAAGAACAAUUUGAGGGUUGGCGGUGAUGAAAUUUCUGUUGAUCCACAAUGCAAAGGAACAAGUUGUAGUAACGUACAGUCAAUUAUUGAAGAGCUGGAUAUCUAGAAUUAAAAAAAUCAGAUAUCUUUCAAUGUAAAUGCAAUUGGUAAAGUGUUUAACAUAAACCAUCAAAUGUUUUGUAACUUGACAUAAGCAAAGCAUAGUUGCUCAGCUAGUAGUGUUAAUUGUUACGUAUCAUCCUUUUUUUAAAUUCAAAUCAAUAAUGAGAUGAGAUUGUAUAUUUCUAACACACUUUCGGUGUUAAAUGUUUUAAUAUAUAUCAUAUUAUAUUAUAUAUAAUAUCAUAUUAUACCAAAACUGUAAUGUAGCUUUAAUAUUGCAAUUAACAAAGAAUUAUUGUUAAGUUGUUAAUGCUAGUUGUUAUGUUUUAAUUAUUCAAUAAGCAUAUUGAAAAUGCAGAAAUAUGUUGAUUAUAAAAAAACUUCAUCGAAUUAACGCAAAUUUUGAUUUUUUAGUCAAUUUGUCAUAAUAUGUUGAAUGAAAUAUUUUCAUGUUAACAUUAAGCUAAAUCAAUUGUCAUACAUUUAGAGUUUUUUCAUGCAAAGUCUUAGAAUGAAGUAUGAUUGAUUAGUAUAAUUGCUAGCGUUGAAACGAUAAGGGUUCAUGCUUUAUCACAUGUUAUUUCAUCAAAUUACUUACAAAAUGACUAAAAAUUGUAAUUUCUGAAAAAAAUAUCACUUAUUCAAGAUAGAUAAUUUGAAAAAUGUUACAUAUAUAUCAUAUUCCACCAUAAAAUGAUAAAUUAACAUUGAAAUAAAUGGAAAAUGUAUGAUUAUUCUUUCGUAGUAGAUGAAUUCCAAAAAUGUGUGAUGAAAAUUAAGAAAAGGGCAUGUUUCCCCCAAAAAACACAUUUCCCAUCAAAAUACAGCUUAGGACUUUUUUUCUAAGCUUCUCCUUUCAUUUUAGAAUAGAAAACUGUAGAUACCAAUUGUGAAGGAAUUAGUUUGAGGUUAAGUGUUUUUUUGGGCUAAUAUACCUAGCCUAAAUC